CCAACGCCAAAUAGUAAUCAGGCGUCGCCGAAACCCGACAUUUGCUUCAUGCGAACGAAUCUCGACGUUUUCGUUCUCUGGCUCGACAGACCUUGAUUGGCAUUGCAUGACGCAGGGCUCCUCACCCCAGGAUGAUGCCAGCCACCGCACCAGCCAGCUUUUCACUGACCACCAACCUGGUUAUGACGCCCAAUGAGACCCACAACUCCACUCGGGCCUUUCAGCUGCUGCAUGGUGAGCAAACCGGUCUACUGACAUGUUUGCGAGUUGGAAGUUGCAGUCGUCGGUGGCAGGCGACCCGCCUCUUUGUUUAAUAGUCCACUUCGAGCGCCCAUGCGCACAGGUUUGUCAGAGCUAUCUUUGAUAUUGUUUGACACGCUAUACACCCAACACGAGUAUAUGAUCGGCUGCUAGUGCUGAAUUAGAAAGAGCAUAGGAACACCGGGCCAAUAUGGAAAUGUACUUGGGCAUCAGAACCGUGUGCCGUACACCUACAAACUAUUAUUACGACAAACCACUACCACCGGUACCUUAUGGAGAUGGCUUCGCUAUCGAGACGGAACUGAUCCCCAAGCCACUAUUCAGCAGACCGACAGUACUACCUCCAACGCGCGCAGCCUACGCAGUCGUGGAACCUCAAUCGCCGAUCCACAUACCCUCCGUCCCUUCCUCAAGCAUGUCGCGGACGCCUUCUCUUCAAUCGUCGCUUCACAGUAUAUCUUCGUCGAUCUCGUCCAUACCGACACCCUUGAGCUCGGCCCCGACGUCACCAUGCUCUCAGCGGCGUUCGCUCGAGUUGACAUGCAAGUCUCCUUUGACCGUAUGGUACACCCCCGUCACCAGUCCAGAGCCUCAGCCGCCGCGGCGGCCUCUUAGGAGAAGAGUGAGCCCGACCCACGAUACUCUCAGAAACCUGAGAGCAAAGGAGUCGGAUGCUUGCUUGCAGAGGGUCUGCGAGGAACAAGUUUCCGCUUACUUGAGUGGAACGCUGUUCCCGCGAGAGAAUAUGAAUAACGGGCUGGAAGUGCUCGAAGAAACUUAGGGAUAUGUCGGUGAUGACUUAUGAUUUACGGCCUACCAAACUACGUACCACAUAGUCGGACGCAGGUGUAGUGUCCGACACGACGGCGUUCAUGCUCAAUUUCUUCAGCGAUACCACAUACUUAGGGUAGAGUGUCAGCCAGUCUGCGAGAGCUUUCUUUUUUCUUUACCGCUUCACAUACUCGCUACGUUUCAGUCUCUUAUGCAAAUUCAUAACUUCUUUCGAAUUACUCGGCUCGCAUGCCUCAUAGACGGCAGCAACUAGACCGAGUAUGUAUAUUUAAUUGUCGUUUCAACACCACCUACAGUAGCGAGCACUGUCAUGGAACGCUAGACAGCUUAAUCGAGUUUGUA